UAACAUUCAAGUUUAAAUAGUCCCACUCUCAUAUAUACAAACAAGUCUUUAAUUUAUAUUAUUGACCCACCUGCCCUCCUCUGUUUUCUCACACCACUACUUAUCACUUAGCAAUCUAUAUUGAUGGAUCAUUUUUUCUCGUCCUCCACCUCAUCUUACUCUGCCCCACAACAUCCAUAUCACUCCUCCUCAGCUCAUUCCCAGUCUGAAAACACAGGCAAUGGCAAUGCGAGUGCAGAGCCUAUUUACAUCUCGGACGAGGAAGUGCUGCUGGCUUCGAGUAAUCCAAAGAAACGCGGUGGCAGGAAGAAAUUCCAGGAGACACGCCACCCUGUUUACCGAGGAGUGAGGCGGAGGAAUCACGACAAGUGGGUUUCUGAGGCGAGGGAGCCGAACAAGAAGUCCAGAAUCUGGCUGGGAACCUUUCCAACAGCUGAAAUGGCGGCUCGGGCUCAUGAUGUCGCAGCCAUUGCACUGAGAGGCCGAAAUGCGUGCCUUAACUUUGCGGACUCUGCAUGGAGGCUGCCGGUUCCUGCUUCUUCCGAUCCCCAGGACAUUCAGAGAGCUGCAGCCGAGGCAGCAGAGACCUUCAGGCCUUCUGAGAAUGAGCAUGCAGUGCAGAGAACGAGUCCAGAGCAGAGCCUGAUGAUAUCGCAGCAGCAAAGUGAGGUGUCAUACGUGGAUGAAGAGGAGUUGUUUGGAAUGCCGGAAUAUAUUAAUGAUAUGGCUCAAGGAAUGAUGCUCCCUCCGCCUCAAUUUGGUCCGAGUGACGUGUAUUAUGGGACGGAAGACGACAUGGAAGGCACAACCGACCUGUCCUUGUGGAACUACUCAUUCUGAAGUACCCAACUAUGCUACUACUACUGCUCGAUAUCAUCUUGCACUGUUCCAUCCUCAAAAUAAAUUUCUUUUAUAAAAAAUAUGAAUGAUGUGUAACCUACGAGUGUAAUAAUUAGCUGCAGACGUGUGUAAUGUAUUUUCGCUACAUGUUUAUGUC